CUCUACUUGCACAACAAAAACUCAACGAAAGCCGUGCAUUAAAAUUAAUCAGCAAAAACAAUAAGACGGGGAAAAAGUCGAAAACACUUGAAAUACUCGUCGCAUUUAAUUGAAAUUAAGCAAAAAAACAUAAGAAAUUAUGGCUCAGGUUAAACCCAAACAAAACAAACAAGGCAAGCAAGCGCCUGCUGCCAAAAAGACCAUACAAGAGAAGAGCAGCGCACAGCAAAAGAAGAACAAACAGAGUUCAACGCAGAAGAAGAAAUGCGGCUGCUGCAAAUGGGCGCUGGGAAGCAUUUUGAUUGUCGCCUUGAUUGCGGGUGCUCUCUACUACGACACCGAAGUCAAUGGCAAGGGAGUCUUUGAGAAAUCUGCCACCGGCAAGGUGCUCAAGAAUGCUGGAGUGCUGCCCCAUGUGCAAAAGGGCUGGUAUACAACAAUGAGUGCCAGCGCACGUGGUUACAAGUGGGCGGAGAAGCAUGUGCCGCCCUAUGCCCAGCCAGCGAUCAAGCUGGCAUGCGAUUGCUGGAAGCUGCUGCGUAAUGCCAGCUGCAAUGCCUACACCAAUGCUCUGAACCUCUGGCAGUCCAAGUGGCCGGCGAUGGCCAAAUUUAUUGAUCAAUAUGUGCCCGAAUUCUCGCACAAACUGGAGGCCUUUGCAGCGGGCGUCAAGGAUUUAUUUGUCAGCAGCUACGACAAGUCCGCCACAAUCAUCAAGGAGAAGGUGCUGGUUGGUCGCUUCUCACCGGAGAACAUUAAUCAAGCAUUGAAUCAGACGCGCAAUGCCGCCUUGGAGUACUUUAAUCUGUUUCACAAAAAGGUGGAUGCCUAUGCCAAGCUUAAAUGAUUCUAAGCGUCGGGCACGCUUAGCAAUAACUUCGCAGCAGCAAUAACGAAACAUUAAAUCAACAACCACAUAAUUCAAGAUGAAACAAAAAAGCAACAACAAAAAUAAGCAACAAUCAAUUUAGUAAACCCAUUUAAAAAUGCAAUUCUCUCGGCAAUUAAGUUUAAAGUGUUUUCUGAUAAUAACAAACGAUAGCAAACGCAGUCAAAGGUGCUGAACAACGAUUCACAUAUAACACUCACACACACACUCAUUGAUGAUACACACACACAAACACGUAAACACAUGCGUUCUUUCGGGGUGAGCAGGUUUGCUGUCAUUAUUUAUUAUUACGUUAUAUAAACCCAUUAGUAAAUUACACAACAUAAUCAGCAUUUAGUUGUAAAGUGAUAAACAAUAUAAAUGAGAAAAAAAAAACAAUUGUACAAUUUGUAAAUGAGCUCGCGAGCUGCUCUAGCAUCGCGAGUUUUAUUUUCCCAUUCUCAACGAAUUUUUCGUUUAUAACUAAAUGUUAUAGGCACUUACACUCUCUUAUUUGUAUUCAAAAUUUUCCAAAAUGCAUUUUUUGGGUUACGAGAUGAGAUGACAGAAAGCAGCGCGCGCUCUCAACAAAGAGUUGAAACGACAAACAUUUCCAUUUUGCACUUUUCAAGAGCAAAGCAAAACAAUUUACCGUUCUAAGCAAUUUUCUCUUGAAAAGACUUUAACGUUUUUCAAUUUAUACAAUGUGUUUAGUCAGGUUACAAUUUUAGUCGAUACAAUUUUUA